AUGGUUGGAUUGGUAAAGCUUGUUCUUGCUAUGGUCCUUUUGGCCACAAUCAUGGGCCGCGAGCCAAUGGCAAUGGCUAUUGGAUAUGGCGGAAGUUCUGAGACUAUAUGUGGUAUUAGUCCAGACACUUUGAUGUUGUGUAAAUCGGCCGUGAGAGGGCCAGAUGCAUUGCCCCCAACACAAGGUUGUUGUGACGCGCUUUCGAACUCGAAGAUUGAUGGGGAAUGCUUGUGUUCUUACCUUAAAAAGCCUAAACUAUUGCAAUACUUUGGGGUUGACCCGAAACAAGCCACACAACUUGCCGGAAAAUGCAACCUUCCAGUUCAGUCGAUUCCUUGCGCAUGA